AUGAACAAUUUGCUGAUGACUGGACCAAAGGCGUAUUUUACCUAUGCAAGUAGUGUGCGGGUCGGUGCUCAGAGUGGGAUACAUGAAUGCAAACAUCAAUUUGCUUGGGACAGGUGGAACUGCCCGGACAGCGCGCUACAACUUUCCACAAUUAAAGGCUUUAGAAGUGCAACGAGAGAGACGUCAUUUGUCCAUGCAAUAAGCGCAGCCGGGGUUAUGUAUACUUUAACCAGAAACUGCAGUCUCGGAGAUUUGGACGACUGCGGAUGUGACCGUUCGAGGAACGGCAAACUCGGGGGUCGUGGCUGGCUUUGGGGAGGAUGUAGUGACAACGUAGAUUUUGGAGAGAGAAUUUCUAAACAAUACGUGGAUGCGCUUGAGACUGGACAAGACUCUCGAGCUGCAGUUAAUCUUCAUAAUAACGAAGCUGGACGUUUGGCUGUAAAGGCGACCAUGAAGAGGAUCUGUAGGUGCCAUGGCAUGUCAGAAAGUUGCUCAAUGCAAACGUGUUGGAUGCAGCUUUCUGAUUUCCGUGAGAUUGGCAAUUACCUGAAAGUGAAGCACGACCAGGCCCAGAAGCUCGAAAUGGACAAGAGACGAAUGCGCGCGGGCAACACCGCGGACAACCGCGUGGCCAUGGCAGACGCUUUCGGCUCCAUCGCCCGGACAGAGCUCAUAUAUCUGGAGGAUUCGCCGGAUUAUUGCGCCAAGAACCAGAGCCUCGGGCUUUCUGGCACAGAGGAUCGGGAGUGCCUGCAGCAUGGAGAAAGUCUUAGUCAGUGGGAAAGGCGAAGCUGCCGCAGACUGUGCCAUGAGUGCGGUCUGCGGGUGGAGGAGAGGCGCACAGAGAUAGUGAGCAGCUGCAACUGCAAGUUCCACUGGUGCUGCACAGUAAAGUGCGAGAACUGCUCUCAGGUCACUGUCAAACACGUUUGCGCCCGGAGACACGGAAGCCACGGUCACCAAAGACGCAGACCUCGAGGACCAAAAUAAAACACCUCCUAAACUAUUUUCUUAGGAGAACACCUA